GCCAGCCAAGAAGUAGUGCCAAGUACCGGGCCGAGCUCCCGUGCACCCACACGGCACCAGGCCUCCUCUUUUGCGGGGAGCAGUCGCACCCACCGUGGGACGGUGGGGGCCCGGGGUGCAGGAGAGGAAGCACCGCGGCCGAGAGCCUCGGUGCGGCUCACCCGGAUGGUGCUGAAGCUGCUCACUGGGGCGGGGGAAGGAAAAAAGGAAGAAAAAAAGAACAAGGCGGAUGCUUCUGCUAUAAACUCGGUCUAUUGACGCCUUUUUCAAUGCGAAUCCCCCAUUUGGACCUUUUGCGUCUCCCAGUGGACGAGCGACCGGGAGAACUGCGCACAGGGGUCGGUGAGUGAAGCUUGCUAUCCGGGGAACACCGACGCCGGGUCGGGCCUCGUUAGGUUCGGCUUCGCGGUGGAGCGAGUGGGGGGGAUGUUGGCCGGAUAACUUGAUCGAACGCGCAGCAGCAGCAGAAGAAGAAGCAACAGCAGCAGGGAAAAGCGAAACAAGAUGGAGGAGGCUGCUCUCGGAGCUUCACGGCCGGCUGCGCAGGAAACCGAGGACGGAUCCGUGACCCGGAAGGACGAGGCCCUGCUGGAGGACGAGAUGGAGAGGCUUUUGGAGGAAAACGACUACCUGAAGUGCGAGAUCGAGGAGAUGAGGGCCGAGAUGGACGAAAUGCGCGACACGUUCUACGAGGAAGACACGUGUCAGCUGCAGGAGAUUAAGCGCGACCUGGAGCGAGCCAACAAAAACUGCCGGAUCCUGCAGUACCGCCUGCGCAAGGCCGAGAGGAAGCGGCUGCGCUUCGCCCACACGGGGGAGAUCGACGAGGAGCUGCUUAGGAGUCUGGAACAGGACCUCAAGGUGGCCAAAGAUGUGUCGGUGAGGCUGCACCACGAGCUGGAGAAGGUGGAGGAGACCCGCGCCAAGACGGAAGACGAGAACGAGAAGCUGAGACAGAGCCUCAUCGAGGUGGAGGUGACCAAACAAGCCCUGCAAAACGAACUAGACAAAGCCAAAGAGAAGAAACGAGGAGGUAAAGACAUUCAGAAGACUGACAAGAAAGCAGCACCGACACCCACAGAGGAGGACAACGAGGACCUUAAGUGCCAGUUGUCCUUGAUCCAGGAGGAGGCCAUACUCAUGAGGAGGAAGACGGCCACCAUCGACAAAGAGAAGGAUCGUCUGGAGCAAGAGCUGCAGAAGUACCGCUCCUUCUACGGCGAACUCGACAGCAGCCAUCCCAAAGGCGAGGCCGGGGGGCCGCCCUCCACCCGUGAGUCCGAGCUCAAGCUACGCCUCCGCCUGGUGGAGGAGGAGGCCAACAUCCUCGGGAGGAAAAUUGUCGAGUUGGAGGUGGAGAACCGAGGCCUGAGGGCCGAGCUGGAUGAUCUCCGUGGUGAGGGCGAAGGGGAGGGUGGCUCCGGGGCCGGCGCAAUGGGCGGCACGGGGCGAGGGCUCGGGGACGACCUGACUGAGCUCAGACAGCAGCUACAGCUGGUGGAAGACGAGGCCGAGCUUCUACGGAGGAACCUUGCCGAUGCCGAGGAACAGAACCAGAGGGUGACCAACGAUUUGAACAAGAUGCGAUUCAAAGCCGGCACCCACGAGGGCGGGGCCCGGCACGGAGGAGGCUCGGGGGGAGGCGGGGUGGACGGGGCGAAGGCCGAGGCUCUGCAGGAGGAACUGAAGGCAGCCAGGCUUCAGAUCAAUGACUUAAGUGGCAAGGUGAUGCAGUUGCAAUACGAGAACCGCGUACUGCUGUCUAACAUGCAGCGCUACGACCUGGCCUCCCACCUGUCCCUGCGGCCCAGUCCGAGGGACAGUGACGCCGAGAGCGACAGCGGAGGCGGGACUAGCGGUCGCCGCGAAAGCGAUGAGGAUUCCACGUCGUCCCGCCUGCUCCCGCCUCACCGCAAACGCGAGGGCCCCGUCGGCGGCGAAAGCGAUCCGGACGAAGUCAGAAACAAUAACGGCAGCAGUCGUUGUCAGACGCCCACCAGGGGUCUGCUCACCCCGUCGGGAUCAGAGGGGGCCGCCUCCUCCCCGUUGGCUCGCUACCUGCCCGGCGGCCGCUGCAGCCGGCGCGACAGGCAGCAGAUGAUCGACAUCCGCGUGGAAGCGGAGAGGCUCGUCCAGACCAUCGACCGACUCAUCGCAGACACAGCGGUGAUCAUCUCAGAAGCGAGGGUCUACAUUUCCGUUGGCGAACUGGAGCAAGGCGGUGAGGACGACGGGAGCCGGAUCAGGGAGCACGAGCUGCUGUAUCGUAUCAACGCCCAAAUGAAAGCCUUCAGGAAGGAACUACAGGCCUUCAUAGACAAACUGGAAGUGCCCAGGCUGGAGGACAGGGAGACAGAGGAGCCGCUGUCGGUGAGAAAGGAAAAACGGCCACUUAGUAGUCCCUCCAGGAUUUCAGUUUUUUUGUUUCAUUGUUGCACUACAACUUUUUCUUGGGUCAAUUACAACAUUUGUAAGGCAAAACACUUGCAUCUCAAAUCAUCUUUGCCUAUUGAAAUCACGAGUACUUUUACAGUUGUUGAGUACAAAUCACGUGUACUUUAUUAGUAAUUUUUUGAAGAGGAUCAAGAUUGUAUGCCGUUUGUGUUCAAAUAUCCGUUGGGUAAAUGUUUCUAAAUCCGCAACUACCGAUGCUAACUGUUAGCAUGUAAAUGGUGUUUUCUAUUAUAUGUUAGCAUUAAGCUAAACAGACUUUCGUAAGGCACAGAGCUAUGUGGUUAUUUAAAAUACACAACUUGUAAUUCUCUUUGUUUAGUUUAGCAGUAAUCUUCAACUGGCACUGGCAUUAAACACCUUGAGGCCUUUAGUUUGUUGAAUUGUUCACUAUUUGCCAAACUACUGCUUAUUGUGAAGUGAGGUGCUAUCUUUUCUCGUUCCUCUGCUUCACACACUCGUGCACUCCAUCUCUGAUGCUUCACACCAAAAUAAGGAGUUAAGUUUGCAGAGGGAACACUAUGACUGGUGAAACGCUAAAGCUCAGAGGAUUAGACCAAUUUAACAAAAUCUAAUUGCAGGUCUUGCGUAUUAUUUGUAGGGAUUGCUUAAAUUUGCGUACAGUGUUG